AUGGGCUCAGCCGGAUGGGCGCGCGGCGAGGCGCGCGUAGCGGACGACUCCGACUUUGAAACGCUCAAAAGCUUACUCGCCUCCGAAAAGGGCUGGACCUUGGAGUACGAAAAGGACGGCGUCAAGGUCUGGGCCGAGGACGUCGCUCACGGCGCGCUGAGAACCGUCAAGGUGGUAGCCGAGUUCGACGAUGUGGAGCCGGACGCGCUGUACGACGUGCUGCACGACCCGGAGUACCGCUCCGUGUGGGACACGCACAUGCUGGCGGCCGAGGACGCCGGCCACAUCAACGUCAACAACGACGUCGGAUACUACGCCAUGUCCUGCCCGGCUCCUCUCAAGAACCGCGACUUCGUGCUGCAGCGGUCUUGGCUGGACACGGGCGAGGAGAAGCUGAUUCUUAACCACUCCGUCUUCCACAAGGACUACCCGCCCAGGAAGGGUUAUGUCAGGGCUUUAUCCCUCCUCACCGGGUUCGUGGUGCGCACGCGGCCCGGUGCCGGCGGCAGCUGGCUCGGCUACGUGUCGCGCUCCGACCCGCGCGGCGCCCUGCCCGCCUGGCUGGUGAACAGGGUGACGGCUCAGCUGGCCCCUCGGCUGGUGCAGCAGCUGCACGCGGCGGCGCGGCGCUACCCCGGCUGGAAGGCGCUCACCGACUACCCGCACCACAAGCCCUGGAGACACCCCGAGCAGGUCCCAGCCUACAGGAUCAAGCUGGAAGACUGUGUCGAUCCUGAUGCACCGGUGCCACCUGCUCGGGAGCCUAAACCAGAAACUUCAAAAGCCAAACUAGAGGUGCCUCAGAAACAGAUAGAAAGCCAGAGUAUCGAAGACUUGGGAGACAUAUCAUCAGAGUUCAGCGUCGAGGUGGAAGAAGAGCCAGCGGACUUGAGUCAAGACCCGACUAAAAAGAAGGGGAAAUUUUACAAACUCGUCAAGUCUAUGAAGAACAGAAGAAAGAGUGUCCAAGUAGCUAAAAGCACGGAUAAUAUACUGGAAGGUAAACCCGAAGAAAAGGAAAAGAAAAAAGGGUUCAAGUUUCAUCGUAGGUUUAGUAUUAGCAGGGGGCGAGAGGAUUGAGCUUAUUCGAGUUGUGAAUACUGGUUACAGAACGGCGUUAGGCGCGAAUAGAUUUUAAACGGAAGACCGUUUUAAAUAUCAGUCAAAACGCUAGACGUAGCUGAUAACAAUACGGUUCAACACGAUUAUACGUUUGUAUAAUUAGAAAGGUUCAGUACCAUGUUACCAAUGUUACUGGCAGUAUGGCAUUACACUUUUACCUAAUGCUAAACCGA